GGAAACAAGAGAGGAGCAGGGGAGCCUGGGAAGUAGGGAUGACACAGAUAGCAAGUCCUAGUCAGAGCUGCCGCUACAUUUAGGAGAAACAGCGGUGUCUGCGGCUCCCACCCUUCGGGGGGCCCGUGGGGGGGGCGGUGUCAGGGGCAUGGACGCCACCCCCCAGGGGUCUCUGCUGCCGGCUACUCUCCUCUCCACGUGCUAGGACCCUGGGUGCUUUGGGGAAAGGCUCUGGAUCUCUCUCAGAGCAGAUUGCAGCUCAGAGAGCUCCUCAGAGGCAAGCAUGUGAAGAAAAAUCAGGCUUCUGUGUUGGGAUCUUCCAGUUCCCCUCCCCAUUUGCAGGCUGUCUCCACUAGGAGAAAAAACCCAAGGGAAAUGAGGCUGGCCCAAGAGCAGCAGUGAUCGUGGCCCCUCCAGGACCCCCGACGCCGCCUAGGCGCCCAGCGACGCGCGGCAGGUGGCAGAAGCUCGGGCCCCCGCCGCACUCCAGGCGCCCGCAGCGCUCGCCCUGACGCGGCCGCCAUGGCGCAGGAGAACGCGGCCUUCUCGCCCGGGCAGGAGGAGCCGCCGCGGCGCCGCGGCCGCCAGCGCUACGUGGAGAAGGAUGGCCGGUGCAACGUGCAGCAGGGCAACGUGCGCGAGACAUACCGCUACCUGACGGACCUGUUCACCACGCUGGUGGACCUGCAGUGGCGCCUCAGCCUGUUGUUCUUCGUCCUGGCCUACGCGCUCACCUGGCUCUUCUUCGGCGCCAUCUGGUGGCUGAUCGCCUACGGCCGCGGCGACCUGGAGCACCUGGAGGACACCGCGUGGACGCCGUGCGUCAACAACCUCAACGGCUUCGUGGCCGCCUUCCUCUUCUCCAUCGAGACCGAGACCACCAUCGGCUACGGGCACCGCGUCAUCACCGACCAGUGCCCCGAGGGCAUCGUGCUGCUGCUGCUGCAGGCCAUCCUGGGCUCCAUGGUGAACGCCUUCAUGGUGGGCUGCAUGUUCGUCAAGAUCUCGCAGCCCAACAAGCGCGCAGCCACGCUCGUCUUCUCCUCGCACGCCGUGGUGUCGCUGCGCGACGGGCGCCUCUGCCUCAUGUUCCGCGUGGGCGACUUGCGCUCCUCACACAUAGUGGAGGCCUCCAUCCGCGCCAAGCUCAUCCGCUCACGCCAGACGCUGGAGGGCGAGUUCAUCCCGCUGCACCAGACCGACCUCAGCGUGGGCUUCGACACGGGAGACGACCGCCUCUUCCUCGUCUCGCCGCUGGUUAUCAGCCACGAGAUCGACGCCGCCAGCCCCUUCUGGGAGGCGUCGCGCCGUGCCCUCGAGAGGGACGACUUCGAGAUCGUCGUUAUCCUCGAGGGCAUGGUGGAAGCCACGGGAAUGACAUGCCAAGCUCGGAGCUCCUACCUGGUAGACGAGGUGCUGUGGGGCCACCGCUUCACGUCCGUGCUGACUCUGGAGGAUGGCUUCUACGAAGUGGACUAUGCCAGCUUUCACGAGACUUUUGAGGUGCCCACACCUUCGUGCAGUGCUCGAGAGCUGGCAGAGGCUGCCGCCCGCCUUGAUGCCCAUCUCUACUGGUCCAUCCCCAGCCGGCUGGAUGAGAAGGUGGAGGAGGAGGGGGCGGGGGAGGGGGCGGGUGGGGAAGCUGGGGCUGACAAGGAGCAGAAUGGCUGCCUGCCACCCCCAGAGAGUGAGUCCAAGGUGUGACCAGCUUCCUCCAGACCCCUGUGGCAGACCGGGGGCCAGACACAGAUACAUGGGGAACUGCAUAUCGGAGGUGGUGGAGGAGGAGGAGGAGGAAGGCAAAGCCCCUGGAAAUGUGCUAAAGUUGGAAAGUCCCCGUCCCCCAGAACCUCAAGUCUAGAAACCAGUAUGGAAGGGAGGGGUCCUGAUUUCAGGGAAAUGGAGGGUGGGGCCGGGUGAAAAUGCCAGUCUGCGUUUGACCUUCACAUUUGUUCAUGAGUGGAUGGAUGGACAGAAUGAUGGACUUUUGGGGGUUGGAUGGGAAGAUGGUAGCAGAUAAAGACAGCUGACAGAUACAUAGAUGGACCAGUAGACAAUUGGUCCACUCAGGGCUGCCACUAACCUGUAGAACACCCCUGUGCAAAUUCUAAAAAGGAACCCUUUUCCUCCAGACAGAUACAGCCCCAAACCAGGGUGCAUGGCUUGGGGAGCAGAGUAUAGGAUGGAUUGCAGUCCCCAGUCACCUCUUCUGCCAGCCUCCCCACAUAUGGCACAACUGUCUAAUGACACGGUAGGCCAAGCUGAAGUGAAGGAGAAAGGAGCCGGACCAAGAUGGGCACGUGAGGAGGGUGCCCUCCUAGCUCCACCCUCACCAGGAUGAAGGUGUGCAAGGGGCUCAAGCAAGGUGUGAAUGACCUUAGUCCGCAAGUUCAGGGAAGCAGGCAGAGCGGGGAGGUGCCUGAGCUGGGGCCUGGAGAGGGGCCUGGGAAAGGAAAACCAGGGAUAGCUAUUUUCUUACAGUGGAGUGAGAUCUUACAGGUAUCAGGCACAGGCAGGAAGAGAGAGAGAGAGGUUCUGGGGAGGAAGGGCCAGGAGAGAGAUCUAGAAAGUGGGUUCACUAGAGCUGGGAAACAGGGAGCCCCUAGGAAAGCAGUGUGGCCUCGGGGCACAGUCAUUCACAUCACUGAUUGGGUGCCAUGUGGAGUGGACAUUCAAAAACCUGGUUCCUGUCCUCAAAAUAAGGGGCACCUGGGAAAACAGAGGAAUCUACCUGUGGUGACUGAACGAGGGAUAAUUCAAACUGACAACCUGUGCAGUCCCGUGGAGGGUGGGGGAGUGUGGGUGAUCAGAAGGCUGGGGCCAGUGUAAGGCAUAGGGAAUAUGUAAGUCAGGAGUUAGAAAUCUCCAGUGUGCGUUGGAAUCACCUGGAGGGCUUGUUAAAACGCAGAUUUUUGGGCUCCACUCCAAGGGUUUCUGACCCAAGAGGUGGGGACCAAAACUAUGCAUUCCUAAGAAGUCCCCAGGUCAUGCUGCUGUUGCUGGACUGGGGACCACACUUUGAGAACCUGUGCUCUAAGUGAAUACUCGGAAGUCGUUUCAGGACAUGGAGCAUAGAAACUGAGGAGUAGCUGAGAGGAAGAUGAAGAGAAGCUGAGAAGAAGCUGAGGAUCCUCACAGGAGCAGACAGAGAAAUGUGAAGGGUGGGGUUUUAUGUGUGGGAAAGGGACCCGAAGCCCAGGCUGAAGAGUUUAACUUUGGGCCCAGAAACUCAACCAUCAAUGGAAACAGGGCAGUGACAAGUGGAGGGGGUGUCUGGAAGCUGAGCAGGCCCGACAGAGAGAUGAAGCCAUCAGAAGGACUUGAGGGGGCUCCUGGGGAGGUCGGGGGGAGGUGGAGCAGGAAGAGUUUUAGGGGCGAAGGACAGAACCCCUUGUAGGACUGGAGGCAGGAUUGAAUGUGGGAGAAAAUCGGAGAGAAGCGAUAGGAGUUAGAACAUCUGGAUGUGUCUGCAGCCUGCUGUCAGCCCAACUGGGCCAGGGGGUCCCAAAGACGCAUAUUCUCACCCCACCUCCACCUGCUUCCUGAUCACAUCCCAGUCACCAGCGGCAGCUUCCUGGAUAGUGAGGGAGAACAACUGCAAGUUGAGAGAAGCAGAGGGGUGGAAGGGACCUGAAGCUGGCCUGGAGAAAAGCAUAGGCCCAGGAGAGCCUGCCCUGGGACAGCGCCUGUCUCCCACACAGCAGCACUGGCCCAGCAAGGACCUCCUCCCUUGGCCCUGGCCACAUCCCACUCCUGCCCUUUCAUAAGCCCCCUGGGGAAAGCACUCCAGUCUUCUCUGUUCCAGGCUGGGCAGCUAGGGUCCUAUGGGGCACAGCCAGGGUCCUAUGGGCAUAGCCAGGGCCCUAUGGGUCCUCUGGAAGCAAGAAAGGGGGCCAUGGAAGGAGCCCAGACAGCUUGGGUUCACUCAGAGAGGACCCAAGUCCCAGUCCCUUCCUUUCAGUCAAAACACGGAUAUCUUUGCCUCAGGUCACAGGGCCACUGGGGCCCUGUCAUCAAAGAUGAGAUUCCUGAAGCCUGGCAUUGACUGGUCCCCUAAGAACAGAUGUUGGGAUGGAGAAUGGGGAUUCAUUUGGGUUUCAGUAAAACAGGGGGGUCUGGACAAGAGGGGGUGGGCUACUUGGUAUCCACACACACGCACUCACACAGGAGCCAACCCAUUGCAGCUGAACAAGCAGAGAAACUCAGUCUGGAAAGGCCCCUCCUGCCUGCUGAAGUCACUGAGACCCUGCCACACCUCUCCUCGCCACUGUCACCACUCAGGGCACCACUGUACAGUGCAACAAGUCAGGAGACCUAGGUCCUACUCCUGACACUUGCUAAUUAGCUCUAUGACUCUGGGCAAAUCGCAUAUCUGGGCCUCAGUUUCCUCAUCUGUAAAAAUGACACUUAGCAAACUCGUAAUGCUCAAUAAAUGUUUAAAUAACAACUGAA